AUAACAAAUAUUGAUGAUUGUAAAAUAUACUUUCAGAUGUCAAGUGUUAAAUGAUAGAUCUUUAUUUACUUGUAAACACGUUUUAGCAGUUUGGCUAACUGCCAUCACGAAAGAUAAAUUGUCUUAUCAAUAUAUAACAAAGGAACAAUUUCAAAGCUUGCUAUUAUUUCAAGUUUUAGAUAAAGAACAUGUAUACUGAAGUAGAAAAUUAUAAUUUAGUUGCAAAGUUAGGAAAUCUUAAAACUAUAGUAUUGUUACUAAAAGCAAUUAAUUUUAAAGAGAAUGCCACAUGUUUUGGAACAGAGAAUGGUUUAAAAGUAACAGUAGAAGAUGCAAAAUGCAUGCAAGCUAGUGCUUAUAUACCAGCUCAUGUAUUUCAAGUGUUUAAUUUAAAGGAAGACGUAAUAUUUAGAGUAAAUUUAAACAUAUUAGUGGAAUGCCUCUGUAUGUUCUGGACUAAUAUAAAUUGUCAAGGGAGCUCUGUAGCUUUGCAGCUUUUCUAUGAAGGCAAUGGACAUCCUGUAACAGUUCUGAUAGAGGAAGAUGGUAUUAUAACGGAUUGUUCUUUAAAAACUCAGGAACCUGAUGAGUUAUUAGAUUUUCAUCUUGAGCCAGAAAAUGUUUUAAACAAAGUAGUCCUCCAAACCGAACUAUUAAAAGAUAUCUUAUCCGAACUUGAUUCAACUAGUGAUUUGAUUGAGUUAUUUUUAUCACCUACUCCACCUUUCUUUCGUAUUAGUACAACUGGUUUAGCUGGAAUUUGCCAUAUUGAAUUACCCCAUGAUGGUGAAUUGGUUGACAACUUUCAAUGUACUUCGACAGCUAUGUCUAGUUACAAACUCUCACAUAUUAAGCCAGCUAUGAAAGCAUUGUCAUGUGCAAACAAAGUUUCAUUGAGGACUGAUACAUGUGGACUAUUGUGUUUUCAAUACAUGGUUAAAACCGAUGAAGGACAUACUUGCUACAUAGAAUAUUACGUAAGGGUGACUUAUUCUUGCUCAGUAUUUACAGAGAAAUGUAGUAUAUAGAUAGAUAUAAAUAUAUAAACAAAAUUUUUCAGAUUUCUCCAGUGAUAGAUCCUAAUGGAUAAUAUUACUUAAUAAAUGUGUUACUAGGAUUGUAAAUAUUGAUCAGUAAAGUUUUUAGAAUUGUUCUUU